AUGAGCGCAUACGCUAUCAGGCAACGCCGCGGCGGCGGUGCGCUGGCCGGUGCUGCCUAUCAACUGCUCCCACGCCAGAGCGGUGGUUCCAGCGCCGGCGAGGCAACCCCGUCAGCAACGGGAGGCGGGGCUACGUCGGAGCCCUCUUCUGCCGAUCCUCCUACCUCUGCCGAUCCCACAUCCGCCGCGCCUUCGACCGAUACUCAACCUUCCACCACAUCAGCGCCAGUAGUCGACACAUCCAGCGCCGUUGACCCGACGUCCAACACCCCGUCCUCCAACCCGACGACAUCGGACACCCCUGCUGUCACCACCUCGGACGCACCAUCCCAGACCACGUCACAGCCCACAUCGGCUCCUCCUGUGACGGUGAUUACGACCACCUCGAACGAGCCUGUUACCAGUAACACACCAGUGACCAGUGACACGCCCGCACAGUCGACAAUAACAUCGACUUCUACCUUUACUCCACCAGUGACCAGUGCUGAAGUGACCUCGGCUACCCCUACGUCCACCAGCACGGUCAUCGUGACCCCAACCCAGACCGCCGCAGUCACCUCCCCGACGACCGCAGCGGCCACAUCCCUUACGACCGCUGUCGCUGUCCAGUCCACAGCCAACACGGCCGUUAGCGUCACCACAACGGACGCCAGCGGGAAGACAAUCACCACGGUGCCGGCGUCGUUUACCUCCGAUGUCCUCACCACCUCGAACGGAGUUGUCUACACUGUGACCCAGGUGGUGGUCCACAACCCUUCGGGAUCGCUGGACCAGGGCUCGUCGGGCGGAUCCUCGAGCAGCUUCUUCAACAACCACGGCGCGGUGGCGGGUGUGUUUGUCGUGGUCGGUCUCGCCGUUGUUGCCAUCAUUGCGGCUCUCGGGCUGCUCUUCUUCCGCCGUCGCAGGCGCCAGCGUCUCGACAGGGAAGUCACUGCGGCCGCCGCCGCAGCUUCGGCUGCGGCCUCGCGCUCGCCCCUCGACGAGGAGGGCGACAUGCAGUCGAGCCACCCCACGUCGGAAUCGUACCCGUCGACAAUGUCCCAGCCCAUGGCGCAGUACAACCAGUAUGCCGCGACGUACGGCAACGCUGGUGGCUACGACCCCUUCGGCCUCCAGGCCGGAACCGGUAUCGCAGCCGGUGGCGCGGCCGGUGCGGCAAUUGCGCACGGCUACUCGGACCAGCCGCACUACAACGACUAUGGUGGCCCAACUACCGACUACAGCGGCGACCCGUUCGCCAACGGCGCCAACCAGAGCUACUCGGACCACACCCACUACUCGGACGCACACGGCGGCUACGACAGCAUGCAGCCCGGCACCGGCCAAGGGUACUACUACUCCCCCGACGGCUUCGACGAGCAAGCGGGAUACGCCGGUCACCAGGGAGCACCGUCCGGCGACUAUGGCCACCAGGGCGCACCGUCGGGUGACUAUGGCCACCAGGCCGACCCGAUGUACAGCGACGCCGCUGGCGUGCACCACGGCUACGAGGACCCGUACGGCGGAUAUUCCGGCGGUGAGGGCUCGAUUGACACCCCGCUCGAGCGCUCCGACCCGCUCCACAUUGCCAACCCAUCGAGGCAUUGA